AAAGACAGUAUGAUUGUCAACAUCCUGUGCAUGUAGUUUCUUUUUGUCAGUAUCAUGAAGGCUUCUGUUUGUUAGUUGUUCUGUUUUGCUUCCUCACCAUGUUCACUCCUCUGUCCUUCAGCAGUUGGGUAGGGGUUACAGCUCAGAACAGAGAGUUUCAAGAUGUAGAAGAAAGUCAAUUACAGACCUCAGCAGCACAGAAUGGAACAAGAAGCAAAGAAGAGCCAGAACCGCUUCUACAGCAUGCAAAAGUGCUGGGAAGUUACCUGUUUAAAGUUGCUGCAUCUGCAACAAAGAAGGUAUCUACAUCAGUUCAAGAGACAGCAGAAACUGUUAAGAAAUCUAUCGGCGAACAUCAAAUUGACAACCUAAUAGACAAGACCAUUUUGGGCGACUUCAGAAAAGAGCAGGAAAAGUUUGUGAAUGAGAAGAAAUCUAAACAGGCAGAGACCGAUGUGGCAGCACCAUGGGAAGGCUUUAACAAUGAGGAUGUGAUAAAGCAGCAGAUACUGACACUCUCUCUGGAUCGUCGCACCUUCCUGCGGGACCCUCCUACUGGAGUAAACUUUCAUUUCAACUUUGAUCACAUAGCUUCAGUGGCAAAAGUAAUGCUGCAGCAAGAUGAAUGUUUAAAUCGGAUGCGUUUUGAGCUUGUACCAAAACUAGUGAAAGAAGAAACCUUUUGGAGGAAUUAUUUUUACAGAGUGUCUUUGAUCAAACAAUCAGCAGAACUGUCCUCAUUGGCUCUACAUUCUGCCGCAGCUACCAGGACUGGGAAGGAUGAACACAAGAUAGACACUUGCAAAACAGAUGACUCUGCUACACCAUCAUCUGCUAUCACGGUAAAGAACAGCGGACAAGGAUUGCAGGUUUCCAGCCAAGAGGAUGUUUCUUUCAGCCCACCAGGCCCUGAGUUUGUGAGCGAUGCAUUCAGUACUUUAGCCCUGGAUGCUGAGGAUCUUCAGAAGGACAUGGAACAGCUAGGAAUGAGUCGUGUCACAAACAGCACAAACCUUACAGAUGACAGUUUCAGUGAUACCAUUUUAUUUAAGCCAGGUAAUUUAUCUGCAGAUAGACAAAUGCCUUAG